GUCUAGACUAUGGGGUUCCUCACCGCGUUGCGCUCACUAGGUUUUGUGAGAUCUUCAAUGGAAUCUUAACCGAUAACCCACGGAUCUCCCAGGAUCCCGACUUACGGGCCUACAUAGAUGCAGCGCUGGCUACUGCUAUGGAAGUAGUCAACCAAAGUGCGCCGCCUUUGGAAUCAGAAGUUAAUGGUCGAAGUGCCCCCCCGAUGCCGGAGCAAGCGCCAACACUCAAUAACGGCGUGCUAGAUGUCGCCUUCAAUACGAACCAGGGAAACAAUCCAACUGUUAAUACGUACAGCAUAUCUAAUAUUACCGUAAACACCGCCGACCAUGAGACGACGCUCUUAGGACCGGAACGUAGCGUUCCCAAUACUUCAUUCUCGUCAACGCAACCAAUAUUGAAUAAUGGCGUCUUGAAUCUGGCUUCUAGUGUACAUCAAGAGGAUGGCAUGCGUACCGUUACACCCGAAGGGUCUCCUACGGUUAGGCCAAUACCUCCGGCCACCGCAGAUCCCGCUAUAGGACCGGCCUAUCAUGGCAAUGAAGCAGAUCCUAAUGAUGAAAUUAUUGUAGACCCACUUCUACAGCAAUUGAUCGACGAUUAUUACACUGGUGGUAAUGAGGACCAAAAUGCCAUUCUCUAAGUGUAAUCACCAGCCGCUAGGUUUGCUAGUCAACUACUUACAUUCUCACCCGUCGAUUAAGCCACGAGCACAUAUAAGGAUAUCAGAACCAGAUGGGUAGGGAUUUAAGGAAUGCGCUACGGCUUAAGUUCUGAUUUUAGGAUGGAGUGGAUGAAUGACGCUAGGAUACCCCCUUUUUAUUUAUUGGCUUUCACAUCCCCUUAGGGAUAUAUCAUAUUAAUCGCCUUUUUUGCUCUCAAAUACUAAGCUAAACCGUAGAGAAUUCCUUGUCUUUACCCAUACUGGAAUGGCUAAGAGGUCAUCAAU